GUGGCUCAAAAUUGAUCAUUCUAACGAUAUAGCUAAAUAAACUAGGUUGGAAUGAAAAUUUUAUUGUAAAACAUGAUUAAAUUACUUGUUUUAUUAUUUGGGCUAGCUUUACACGUUUCAUGUGAAAAUCCAAUCGUUAGUUUGCCCAAUGGACAAAUUAGAGGCCGCCAAGUAUCAGCACCAGCUGUAGAGAAUUUCAAAUAUUAUGCUUUUCUGGGAAUACCAUAUGCUGCCCCACCUAUUGGAAAACUGCGAUUCCAAGCACCUCAACCUCAUAACAAUUGGGAAGGGGUAUUUGAAACCACCGAUAACUCAAAAAUUUGCAUCCAAGUGGGAUUGAAACAUGCUCAUGCUUCAGAAGAUUGUUUGUAUCUCAACGUGUAUUCUCCAGAUCUGUCACCUUUGCAGAAGCUACCGGUCUUGGUCUUUAUACAUGGAGGGACUUUCAGACGUGGUAGUGCAUUUGGGGGCUACAAGGCACCAGCAUUUUUAGUCAAAGAGGGCAUUGUUGUUGUCACUAUAAAUUACAGACUGGGACCGUUUGGUUUCUUGACUAGUCAGGAUAACGCCAUGCCUGGUAAUUAUGGAUUAAAGGAUCAACAUUUUGCUUUAGAAUGGGUACACCAAAAUAUACACAUAUUUGGUGGUGAUCCAGACCAAGUUACUCUAUCGGGCCAAAGUGCAGGAGCAGCUUCUGUAGCCUUCCACAUAAUGAACCCAAAAUCAGAAGAUUUAUUUAGAGCCGCUAUAGCACAUAGCGGUUCCGCUCUCAACAAUUGGGCCUAUCAACAUAAUGGAAGAGAAAUAGCAUAUGGUAUUGCUGCAGAGAUUGAUCCUAAUUUUACAAGAAACAAAACCACCGAUGAACUAUUAGAAUUUUUGACAAAUGUUCCUGCUUCUGAUAUCGAAAAGACAGCGGACAAAUUUAGCGCCUUCGCUCCUGCAAUAGAAGUCCCCAACAAUGACUCGGUAUUCUCCAAUCUGAUUUAUGAUGCUGCUACGAUGCGAUUAUUUAAUAAGGUUCCUCUUUUGAUCGGAAUUAAUUCAGAAGAAGCUGUUUUUAAAGCUAAAGAUCUACAUUCAUUAAGAAAAGAAGCUGUUGGAGUUGAUAAAGAUCCUAGUAAAUUAGUUACGUUUGAAGUUUUACCAUACAAUGAUUCAAUGCCGUCACUUGUGGGCAAUAAAAUUAAAGAUCUUUAUGUGGGCGACCAAUCUUUUGAGGAAAAUCUUGGAAAAUAUCUACAGUAUUUUGGAGACAACAGGUACAUGAGACCAGUAAUUAAAUUCGCUGAGUUGAUUUCCACAGCUGCCAACGUAUAUUUCUAUCAGUUUUCGUAUAGUGGAAAAUUGGGGGGAAACGAUGUUUCUUACCCAGGUAUUGGAAAGGUCGCACAUGGUGAAGAUUUGAAUUAUCUGUGGGUUUACCACGACGACUAUACAAGUUUUCCAGAUUCUGAUCUUAUUGCAUUAAGGCGAUAUGUACAAAUAGUGGCAAAUUUUGUUAAAAAUCUGGAACCUUAAAUUUCCGAUGAAACCAUAGACUGGCCUCUGGUACAAUCUGGAUCUAUUUCUUAUCUGGAUAUUGACGAACAAUUAUCUAUUAAAGAAAACCCGAGGGAAUUUUCGUAUGCCAAAUGGGAAGAUAUUUUCAUCUAUUAUGCAAGAACCCCAUAUCUGAGUUACUAGUACAAUAGUAGAAUAGUUUGUAUUUUGAAAUUACCUUCAGAUCUAUCAAAUAUGUAAAAAGAUAGUAUAUAAAAAUAAAAAAAUAUUUAUAGAUACAAACAA